AUGUCUUCUUUCCAUCUUCGUCCUGUUGAACAUUCUCCAUCCCCACCAUCAAGUGCAUCAACAACUACAGCAGGAGAUCAUAGUCCACUUCACAAAUCUUCUAUCAUACACCCUUCCCCGUCUUCAGGCAAUUCUCUAGCACCAAGGCGUCCACUAUCCCCCAGUUCGCUGCGUGAUGUUAACCUCACUCAGGAUGGAAAUUCUACACCGAGAAAGUAUCCUGCACCACCAACAGGCCACGAACUUAUGGCUCUUUUCCCCCCUGCACCACCUGCAAAUUUCGCAGAGAUGAGACCUGGUCCUACCAGUGGAUUCUUUCAACGACAGGAGCGCGCAUUUUUCGCUCAAGCAGGCAGGGAGAUCGUUCGAGUUCGCGUAGAGAUCGAUGUACCACAGCAAGAGGACCCCCAUAACACUACUAAGAGUAGGGAGCCCCCAUCAAGUGGCGCACCGCGCUCUUGGCCACAAUUACCGCCACACCCUCAACAUCAUUCACCUAUUGAUUCCCAAAUGGGUCAAUAUCCCCAUCAUCCAAAGCAACCCAGAUCAUCACGUGCAAUGCCCUCGCCCGCCCAACCAACAUCCAUGUUUCCCGUGGCGCCUCACGGCCAGCCACCCCAGCCACCUCUUAAUCUCCACCCAUCAUCACACCAUGGCGGCGUCGGUUUACGUAGUCCACCUCAUGAUGUUCAUCCUGCCCCUGGCCCAAAAGUAGAAAUUCAGGCUACAGAAGAUUACCGAGAAGAUUCAGAUGAAGCAUGGCGCAGGCCAACCCCUUAUGCAGAUCGCCGGCGAGCAGGAAAGCAUACAAAGCGCAUUAUUGUUCGAAAUUGA